UGAACUGCCGACUUUUAUCGACAUGACAAUCCCGAAGCCCGCAACCCUUUAAGACUUUUGAGUGCCCUCUCAACCUCAGAAUUGAUCAACGCUUCGUCUUCAGCUGUGUCGCCAGCUGUGUUAUACUAUGCAAACAACGUCAGCAACAUACCGUCGCAAACCCAUCAUGACGGACGAUUUUUAUAAUUCGUGGGUGGAACCUAGCAAAUACCCACGAAUACCCAACGUCUACGAACCAAUUCAAGAUACCCAAGUUUCCGGUCAAUGUGGCAUUCGAGAGAAGAAAGAGUCUGCCUGGGCUGACCAGGAUUCUCGGGAUAGCCAUCAAUCGUCUUGGGCAACCAACCGCAAACCUUUCAGCGGCGAGGAACCACGUCAGUGGCUCAUCAACGACAGAACGAAUUAUUCUGUGGUUGUGCAACUAGGGAGCAGCUACAGGAGCGAGAACCAUAUCCUAGGAGAUAACUUCAAAGACGCAUCGAGAGACUGGCACUUGCCGUCUCAUCACCCAGAUUCAAUUGAGAAGAGACGCGCAAGGCGGGAAGCGAGCUUUGAGAAGUGGAAAGAUGCUGGGGAUAGGGUCUUUUGUCACUCGGGGAGGUUUGGUCAUGAUUUGAACCACUUGAAGGCUUGAACUACCUUGGAGAGGACUGGCUGACAACCUGUUAUGACGACUUUGCGGUUUAGUGGAUUCUUUAAUGUUGAUGCGAACGCAGAUGGUUUGGUAUACUGGUCGUGUCUC